AUUCCACGGUCAAGGUCAAUAUACCAUGCUGAGACAAAACCAAAACUAGAACGUAUUAAAAAGACAAACAGCAGCAUAAUGGCACUGGACCCAGGACAGAAAUGUCCCAUGGUACUGUUAUGCGGGAAUUCUCAUCCAGAAUUGUCACAACUAAUUGCACAGAGACUUGGAGUAAGAUUAGGUGACAUCAAUGUUUAUCACAAAACUAACAGAGAAACAAAUGUAGAAAUCAAGGAGUCAGUUAGAGGAAAAGAUGUUUACAUCAUACAAACUGGCACCAAGGAUGUCAACAAUGAUAUUAUGGAGCUGCUCAUCAUAUCCUACGCAUGUAAAACGAGCGCUGCUCACAACAUCAUUGGCGUGAUUCCGUACCUCCCGUACUCCAAACAGAGCAAAAUGCGGAAAAGAGGCUCGGUCAUCUGUAAAGUGAUGGCGACCAUGUUAGGAAAGUCAGGUUUAACUCAUCUUAUCACCAUGGAUCUCCAUCAGAAAGAAAUUCAGGGAUUUUUUGACAUUCCAGUGGAAAAUUUACGGGCCUCUCCAUUUCUUAUUGACUACAUAGAAAGAUUGAUUCCAGACUACAGAAAUGCAAUCAUUGUUGCACGCAAUCCAAAUUCUGUAAAGCGAGCCACGUCCUAUGCUGAGCGACUGCGAUUAGGAAUCGCUGUCAUCCACGGCGAGGAGAAAUACGAUGAUGAAGACAAGGAAGAUGGAAGAAAUUCGCCGCCACCGCCGUCCAGAGUAGAAUAUAAAAAGAUUGAAAUCCUGCCAACUUUAAUGCCCAAGGAGAAGCCGCCAUUGAAUGUUGUGGGAGAUGUGGGAGGCAGGAUUGCCAUUAUAGUGGAUGACAUGAUAGAUGAUGUAGAUGCGUUUGUCAAAGUGGCAGAAGUUCUGAAGGAGAGAGGAGCGUAUAAAGUAUAUGUCAUGGCCACACAUGGUCUCCUGUCAUCAGAUGCCCCCAAACUCAUAGAGGACUCCUGUAUUGAUGAGGUUGUUGUCACUAACACCGUUCCACACGAGAUGCAGAAAAUGCAGUGUCACAAAAUUAAAACGGUGGACAUCAGUAUUAUGUUGACAGAAGCAAUCAGGCGUAUCCAGAAUAACGAGUCCAUGUCCUACCUGUUCAGAAACAUUGGAUUGGACGACUGAUCUCAAGUGUACAUGUCUCUGGAACAUUAGAAUUUGUUGUCUGUAAUUUAUGUUAGAAUAUAAAAAGAAAUGGAUCUGUAAUGUUUGAAAAUUGACAACAAUUUGUUAUUAGUUUUGCUAGUAUGUGUACCUUCAUGGUGUAAAGAUAAAUUUAGUGUAGUCUAAGCUUUGUUUCAUUUGUAUUAGAGAACUACAUUUUUCUAAAAACACAGAAUAUAGUUUGACACGUAAUAAUUUUUUUUCUAAAUGGUGAAAAUAUUGUACUUGCAUGUCUUAAAUUUCCACAUGUAUGUUUAUAGCUGUUUUCCACAGGAAGAAAACUUUUACCGCGAGAAAUACUAUGCUUUCACUGUAGCUGCAAUAAUGUAGCUCUCUCCGAUUUUUUUUUAUCUGAUAUUACCCCCCCCCCCAAAAAAGGGGGAGAGGUCUCCAUUAUUGCAGCUAGCUUUCACUGUUGAUCCUCAUUUACAUGUGCUAACCCCCCCCCCCCAUUCCCACCCCCAAGAUUUGUUUAUAAACCUAGAUCAGUUUAUUUUUGUAUUGGUUUGUAUCUGUUAUGUACAUGUAUUUCUGCAUUCUUUAUGAUCCAUCCAGCUGUUUUCAUAGGAUUUCCAUCAUUUUAUACAUGCAUAUUGGCAGUUUGUUGAUCUUAUAGUAUUACCAGAAAUUCCUCAAUUCAUUCCUGAAGGACUUGUAAAUCAGUUCUAAUUGUACUUAAAUGUCUACAUUCAUUGUUUUUUGUAAAACAAAAGGGAUUCUUGUUAAGGGUUAAAUUCUUAGUGUAUGUUUAACAAUGUACUUGAUAUGUGUUUAUUAAGAUUAGUAUGUUAUGUUUUUUGUUCAUGUUUUGUUUGUUGAGGAUGGACUCCCAGCAAUGAUCCCAUUUUUUUGUUUGUUUAAUAUAUCCAGACCCUUGACAAAUAAACUGGGAAAAACUG